AUGUUUGAUCAAUAUCAGUCUGUUUUAGAUGAGUAUGUUAAGUUAGGAUUUAUUGAGGAGGUAAAGUUAGAAGAUAACUCCUUUGAUCCAGUUGAUGGCAUUAAUCAUUAUUUACCUCACCACCCAGUUUUCAAGGAAUCUGCUACGACUCCAAUUAGGAUAGUUUUCAAUGCAAGUAGUAAGGAGUCACACCAUGCAAAGUCCCUCAAUGAUUGUUUACAUGCGGGACCUAAUCUGGCGACGAAAUUGACAGAUAUGCUGCUGGAAUUUCGUCAGAACAAAUAUGCUGUAGUAGCAGACAUAAGUAAAGCUUUCCUUAGAAUAGGAAUUAAUGAAAAUCACAGAGAUUUCACAAGAUUCUUAUGGUUUGCUGAUAGAGAUUUUAAGCAUGUCAAGACUUUCAGAUUUAAGGUUUUAUUGUUUGGAGCUACUUGUUCACCUUUUCUGUUGAAUCAGACAAUACAGUAUCAUUUGCAAAACUAUUCAGAUCCCAUCGCCAGCUCAGUCAAGAAGUCCUUUUAUGUGGAUAACUUUAUGAAAACUUAUGAGAAAUGUGAAGAUUUAGAACUCGAGAGUAAUAAGGUAAACCAAAUUAUGCUGGAAGCUAAUAUGCCUUUGGGAGAAUGGGCUAGCAAUUUGAGUUCAUUUAAUGAUAAACAUAGCCCAGAUACUGUCAACUUGAAUGCAGUAAAACUACUCGGUCUCUUGUGGGAUACCUGUAAUGACUCAUUGAGUGUAAAGAUGCCUUCUCAGAUUGUUACAUAUUUGAAUAAUCUAGGAAAUGUUUGUACUUUGACUAAGAGAAAGGUUGUGUCUCUCCUUUCAACCAUCUUUGAUCCUUUGGGAAUAUUGACCCCCGUAACAAUUAAGGGAAAACUAUUUGUGAAGAAAUUGUGGGAACUGAAAACUGACUGGGAUGACGAACUGAUGAUGGAUUUAAAGAAAGAGUUCGAUGAAUUGUUAAACCAACUCAAUUCUAUUGAGGAGAUCAAAGUCCCUAGAUCUUGUUUUAAUGAAGGAACUUGUAGCUUACAUGUAUUUGUUGAUGCCUCUCAUGGAGCCUGUGCGUAUGUUGUUAGCAGUAAGCACACAAGUCACUUGCUAAUUAGUAAGUCUCGAGUAGCUCCGAGCCCCCCACUCACUAUCCCCCGUCAAGAAUUACUUGCUGUGACUAUAGGCAUGCGCCUAGCUGUUCAUUUGCUAGAGAUUUUGGGAAAAUUUUUGUUCAGAUUGUACUGUUUGGAGUGA